AUGGCGGAUGCACUGCUUGGUUCCUCUGUACAAGUUCUAGUGGAGAAGGCAAUAAACUCGGCUUCAGAACAAAUUGGCCUGUUUGUUGGCUUCAAGAACGAUUUGGAGAAACUGAAGUAUGGGUUGACUUUGAUCCAGCCUGUCCUUCAUGAUGCAGAGGAAAAACAGGUGACUCAAGAGUUCAUGAAGCGCUGGUUGGAGAAGCUUGAAGCUGUGGCUUUCGAUGCUGGUAAUCUGUUGGAUGACAUCAACUAUGAAAUGAUUCGACGCAGAGUUGAGAUCCAAAACCAAAUGAACAAGAAGGUAUGCUUCUUCUUCUUCUCACUCUCCAGUCCAAUUGCAUUUCGUUGCAAUUUAAUGGCCAACAAAAUUCAGCAAAUCAAUACGGACUUGAAUAGAAUCAAUGAAGAAGCAAUGGACUUUAGCCUCCAGUCACAGAUUGGAGCUAGAGAUGUUCCUGCUCUUUCUCCUCCUAGUGGAGAAGGAUUUGUGAAGAACAGAGAGAUUGACUCUGUUACCAUUGAUACGAGUUUCAUUGGUAGAGGUGAUGAUGUCUCAGCAAUAGUAACACAAUUGACUGCCACGAGUAACAAUGAAAGUCUCUCAGUUCUUCCUAUAGUAGGAAUGGGCGGGAUAGGGAAGACCACCUUGGCUCGAAAAGUUUUCAAUGAACUAAAAAUUGACAUACAUUUUGAUAAAACAAUAUGGGUUUGUGUGUCAGAUGAUUUCAAUGUCAAUAGGCUUUUCGAUUUGAUUCUAGAAUCAUGGCAAGUCCAAAAGCCUGGAGUUGAGGGUAGGGAAGCUAAGUUGAAGCAACUUAAGAAGUUAUUGGAUGGGAAAAAGUUUCUACUAGUCCUAGAUGGUGUGUGGAAUGAGAAGCCCACACUGUGGAAUGAGUUUCUUGGUGCACUAAAAGGUACUAGCCCAUCCAUGGGGAGUUGGAUUCUUCUGACUCGUAAGCAACCAGUGGCAAACAUCACAAGAAUUUCUUCUCCUCCUUGUGCCUUGAAACAAUUAUUAGAUGAUAAAUGUUGGCUCAUUCUCAGAGAAAUUGCAUUUGGAGCUUGGGAACUGUUGAAUGAGCUGCAAGAUAUAGGGUUCAAGAUUGCGCAAAGAUGCCGAGGCUUACCAUGGGCUGCAUGUGUUCUUGGUGGCAUGCUGCUUAACGAGGGAAUAGAUGAAUGGCAGAACUUAGAGAUUGGGCUUCAAAGUUUAGGUGGAGAUGAAAAUAGUGAUGUUGCUAAAAUUUUGAAGUUGAGCUUUGAUCGCCUUCCAUAUCCAUCUCUGAAAAAGUGUUUUGCAUAUUGUACAAUUUUUUCCAAGGAUUUUCAAAUGGAAAGGAGUCAACUAAUCCGACUUUGGAUGGCAGAAGGAUUUCUUCAUUCAAAUCAAAGAAACAAUAUGCGUAUGGAGGAAGUUGGUAACAUGUAUUUUACGAUUUUGCUGGAUAGUAACUUGUUUCAAGAUGCAGAAAAAGAUGAUUAUGGGAAUGUUUUGAAUUGCAAAAUGCAUGAUCUUGUGCAUGAUAUGGUGCAAUUCAUUUCCAAAUUUAGAACAAUAAGUUUGAAAGAGUCAGCAGGAGUUGAUUACCCGGAGAAGACUUUUCCCAUUAGGUAUCUUGCAAUGGGGAGAAGUGGUGGGGAAGAAAUAUCAUUUCUAUUGAAUGAGAGUUUCAGCUACACAACAACAUUAUUUUUAUUGGAGAACAAAUCAAAUAAUGAUGGUUUGAUCUCAUUUUUGACUUGCUUGCGAUUGCUAAAUUUAACUUCAUCACAUGCCAAGGAGCUUCCUAAAUCAAUUGGCAAGUUGUCUCCUUUACGGUACCUCGAUUCGUCAAAUACUCCAAUAGAAACUUUGCUGGACUCUCUUUGUAAACUUUACAACCUGCAAGAGUUCGUGAUUGUGAAUCAUUGACAAAGUUUCCAAACAAUUUCAAGCAUUUGGUGAAUUUGAGGCACUUUGAUAUUUUCUCUAAGGAUGAAUCAAGUGAUCUAAUGCCUCUUGAAAUCGGACAACUGCAUUCUCUCCAAACAUUGCCCUUUUUCCAAACAAUUCUGAGUGGUCCAAGAUCUCCCAAAUUCCUGAAAUUUACAUUGAUGGGCUGCAAAUCAGAGGCUAAUCUCCAUCUGAAGUUUAUUAAUUGAAGCUACUCGCCUAACUUUUGCUGAAUAACUGUUGCAAACCAUCUUUUCUUGGUCCUCAAUUUCUGCUCUCCAGAUAAAUGCCUCCACAUUCUUUGACCUGCAAAAAUGAGGGGCUGUUUGCUUGGCGAGAGCUUUCUAGCUUCAAAUAGAUCCAUCAGGGCACUCCCAAAAGGAUCUCUUUCUCCUUCUUUAUACAGAGACAGUUUAGGCAGUGCCAAGUUUAGUUUUAGAGUACAUGAUGAACCAUGUGUAAACACACAUGGUAUAGUAUAGAAAGUUGUGGGUGUAAUAGAUUUUCUUGAGGCUUAGAGCUCUCCAACAUGCUACAAUGAAGAUUAUUUGGGUUGUCUGCGGGGAUUCUCAUGCAUGAGAUGCAACCCUGCUUUCUUAUACAGUUUUUUGAGUGCUAGAAAUCUAAUGAAUGGUCUGAAAACAUCCUUCAAAGUUUUCUUGUAUACAAAAAGCUGUUAUGUGCAUGAGCUGUUGGCUCAAUCUGAUGGGGGGCAAAUUCUCUAAUUCAAGGCUAUUACAAGGUUGAUGGAAAAGAUGCCAUGGUAAAUACUCUGUCUUUGCUCAUCUCAUAAAGUUCUCCAGCCUAGCACGAGAUAUUGCUAAUUGUGAGUUUUAGAAAUGAAUCAGGUUAAUGGAUUAUGGAGAAAGUCAAAAAUUUAAUGUAGGAGAGGUAGAGUUCAACGCUGGGGUAUACAUGGAAAUCUUGAUUCAUAUCAUUGAACCAGGAAGUGUUCUGAGAGGAAGGAUCAACCUUGUUGGUAAGUACAGUUCAUGUGGAUGGCUGUCUGCUGGUGAAAGAGAGUGUCCAUUUCUUGUAAGGGGAACCUGUUAUGAAAAAUACUUGAAAAGGCAUGGCAUUUCUUGAGGAACAUUUGCUAUAUUAUCUGAAAAUAUGCAAUGAGGAUAUGACUCCCAAGAUUUAGGUCUUUACUUGGCCUAGUUCAAGUCAUCCUCUGCAGUUGCACUAGAAAAACUACAAAUCCGAUGCCAUUUCUUCCUCUGGUCAUAGGCAAUUCUAAGUCUAAUUUGAGAGUCUACAGUCACAAUGGUUGGUCCAUUGGAAGUAUACACGAGGCUGACAGUGAUAAGAUUUUCUUGAGGCCUUGAGCUCUUCAAGAACCUGCAUGAAACAUGAUUCUGGCUGGCUACAGGGAUUCUCGUAACUGAGGUGAAGAACAGAGCUAUGGAUUAAGCCAAUGUACAUGGGAAAGCUACUGGUUGGAUUUUAAGUCAAGUAACAGAAUUUGUUUUCAUUCAAACGACAAAUGCUGCUAACGAGGCUUGUCAGCCCUUUUAAAGAAACAUAGCGUGGUCUUUUCAAGAGGCUUUCAUCUGUUGAAGGAUUCUAAGUUGGCACAUCUGAAAAGCUUGAGUUGUAACCCUCCUAACAAUCAAUCAGAAGCCUACCAAUAGGAUGCGUAUCUUCUCAUCUAAAGGGAAGGUGCUGUAACAUGAGUAGCUGCCCCAACAUUGAAUGGUGCAAGCAUUACCGGAUUCCCUACUUUGAGAUUGAUCACAUUCUAACUGGACGCUAGGUUGUCAAAAUUUGCUCGAAUCCUCGGAAAAUUCUUGUCUACGCCUAUAAUUAUUUUAAGCGAUGCUGCGGACCAUAAUGUUGUUGGAUAACCAUAAGAUUUAAGUUUAUAAUUCUAUUGUUUCCCAAGUUAGCCAUAAGAUUGAA